AUGUGUGGGUUUGUCUCUCCGAGGAUUAAGAUAAUUGACUUAUACAUUGUUUGCUUAAGUGAGAGAAGGAUGUUUGCAGGUGAUGAGUUAGACAAGUUUGAAGAAGAUGGGCCUACUGUGGAUGGUGUUAGGGAUGAGUUUGUGCCAGAAGUUAUUGUAGAUCACCAAGAUAGGACUGAAUAUGGAAAUUUUGAUCAAAAUGAAGAUGGGCCUUUAGUAGUUGUAGAUCACCAAGAUGGACAGACAAGACAAGUUGAUAUUGAAACUCAAGCAAGAAGUAGAGCAGCUGCCAAAGGUAAAGACAAGGUGGUCGAAGAGAACAUUCCAACUCCAAAUAAUAAAGCUAAGAAGGACUCUGAUGAUCCUAAUUUCGAUGGGAUAAGGGAUUCUGAUAAUGAAAUCACAAGUGAGGAUGAUGAUGAUGUGCAAUUUAAUCAUAAUGUGGAUGGUGAUCCUAACUUGGUUAAUGAAUGGGAUGAGAUGGGGUUUGAAGGUGAGAUUAGUGAUGAUGACCAAAAUGCUUCAGAUGGGUUAGGUGAGCUGAAUGGUUCUUCUGAUGAUGAUGGUAAGGAUAGAGGGAGGUUCCCUGUUAAAUGCAGAAAGAGGUUCAGUAAUUGGAAAGAGUUUCAUCCAAGUUGUGACAUGAAGAAUCCUACAUUUGUGUUAGGGAUGGAGUUCCCAGCUCAAAAGUAUUCAAACAAGCCGUUGGGAAACACUUCAUUCUUACAAAGAAACAAGUCAUAUUUCCAACCAACUCAAGACAUAAGAGCAAGGUGCAUAGCCAAGAGAUUAACACAAGGUACUUAUGAAGAUCAAUAUAAUUUAUUGGAGAGUUAUGCACAUGAGCUGAAAAAAAGGAAUCCUGGAACCUCUGUAUGGAUUCAGACUGAGUUGGAUGGGGAAGACACUAGAUUCAAGAGGAUCUACAUCUGCAUAGAAGCUCUGAAGAAGGGUUGGAAAGAAGGGUGUAGGCCAUAUAUUGGCUUAGAUGGUUGUCAUCUGAAGGCUGUGCACAAAGGUCAGCUGCUCUUUGCUGUUGGUAUUUACGGGUUGGAACUUAAAGAAAAAUUGUGGGCAGUGGCAAGAAGCACAACUAUGAAUGCAUUUAGAGAUGCAAUGGAGGAUUUGAAGACAAGCUCUCCUGAUGGAUGGAAGUGGUGCAUGGACAAGCCUGCAAUUCACUGGUCAUUAUCACAUUUUGAUCACAAGUUCAAGUGUGACUUUCUUCUCAAUAAUCAUAGUGAGAGCUUCAACAAAAGCAUACUCCCAGCAAGGAAGAAGCCUAUACUUGGGUGCUUAAAAGAUAUCAGAAUAGCAACUAUGGUGAGAUUGGCAAAUCGCAUAAAUUCUGGCCCUAAUUGGAAGUGUAAAGUAGGACCAAGAGUUGAAAAGUUGUUAAAGAAAUCGGCCAAGUUUGCAGCUGAUUACACACCAAUAUCUUUAAGCCUUUGGAGAUAUGUGGUUCAAGGAAGAGGGGCACAAUGUCAAAAUGGGGUGAUUGCAGCACAUGUGGUUCAGUUAGAUAGCAAGUCAUGCACAUGUAAUAGGUGGAAUGUAUCUGGGUUACCAUGUGGCCAUGCUACAGCAUGUAUCUUUUUAAAAGGAAUGUCUCCAGAUGACUUUGUACAUGAAAAUUAUAGCAAGGAGACAUACAUGAAGGCAUAUGGGCCAAUUAUGCAUCCAAUUGCUAGAGUGAAGGAAUGGAAGAAGAUACAUAGACCAAUAGCACCCCCACUUUACAAGAGACAACCUGGGAGACCCCCCAAAAUGGUUAGGAACAAAGAGCAAGGUGAGAGAGCUGUGAUUUCGACGGUGAAGCCCAUAGUGGACGCAAGCAUAGAGGACCUCUGCAACACUCUCUUCCCAGAGUGUCUGAAAAUAGCAGACUUGGGGUGCUCUUCCGGACCCAAUACCCUUCUGGUGGUAUCAGACAUCAUUGAAAAUAUCCGAAACACGUUUCGAAAGCUCAACCUCCCCCCGCCAACCCUCCAAGCAUUCUUGAAUGAUCUUCCCUGGAAUGAUUUCAACACGGUGUUCAGGUCACUGCCUGGCUUCUAUAAGAAUCUCCAGGAAGAAAAUGGGAACAAGUCGGGUUCUUGUUUCAUUGCAGCAAUGCCUGGUUCCUUUUAUGGCAGGCUCUUUCCUGACAACUCUCUUCACUUUGUUCAUUCUUCUUAUGCUCUCAUGUGGAUCUCUGAGGUUCCAAAAGGUUUGGUAACCAAAGGAGGAGAGGGACUGAACAAGGGGAACAUAUACAUAGCCAAGACAAGCUCACCUGCUGUGUUUAAUGAAUAUUUUGAACAAUUCAAAAGGGACUUCACAGUCUUUCUGCGAUCUAGGGCACACGAGCUAGUCCCGGGAGGUAGUAUGGUCCUUACAACCAUGGGCAGCAUAAAGAGCAAUGAUCCCCUCUCCAUUUGGGAAUUCGUCGGAUUGAAACUCCAUGACAUGGUUUUAGAUGGUUUGAUUGAGGAGAAAAUGUUGGACAGAUUCAAUUUGCCAUACUAUGCACCCACAACAGAUGAGGUAAAAGAGGUGAUCGAGGCUGAAGGGUCUUUUACUUUGCAAAACCUUGAAUCUUUCAGAAAUGACUGGGAUUCUUACAUAAAACAAGCUCAUAGUGACCUUGACAAGAAAGCAAGGGCUGCAAUACUCUCCACUGACAUAAGGGCAGUGGGAGAGCCUAUUCUGGCUAGCCAAUUUGGAGAAGAAGCUGUGGACGAAUUGUUCCGUAGGUUCGAAGAAAAUGUUAUUGAUCAUAUGGAAAGGGAGAAGUGUCAGUUCAUUAACCUAGUUAUAUCAUUGAUCAAGAAGCGUUGA